AGGAAAUAUAAAGGGACUGAAGUUCAGUAGUCACCAACAGAUUCCCUUGAAGCAGAUUCAGAAAAAGCUGAAGGAAACAGGGUCGGGAAAAUGAUGAAAGUCAAGACUUUCUCUCUGAUGCUGUUGCCUCUGUUCUUGGUAAUGGUGAGCAGUGCUAUGGAGGAGGCUCACUUCAGAUCUCAUCCCAAAGUUGGUGGCCCUUGGGCUCGAGGACAGCGCUAUGCUGAGGGGACCUUCAUUAGUGAUUACAGCAUCACCAUGGAUAAGAUCAUGCAACAGGACUUUGUUAACUGGCUGCUGUCCCAGAAGGGAAAGAAGAACAAUUGGAGACAUAAUAUCACUGAGAGAAAAGCUGAUGGUACAGGAGUAACAAACCAAGCCAACUGGAACCUAAAGAACAUGGAAAACUGGAGCAACCUGUUAAAGGACUCCUUCCCAUCUGACGAUCCGAAGAAUAAGAGAAUGAAGGAAUUGGCACUGGCAUGGUUGAUUUUAUCCUAAGGUUUGAGUGAUUCAACCUUAACACACCUCUGGACUUGAUUCUACUGGAAGAAAAACUUCCAUGUGAAAAUUCUGUCUACACUCUUCUUCACAUAUUCCAAAGAGAAUAAUAAAGAUUGGAGAUGAAAUGAA